GGCACGUCGGACGUCGUGGACGAUAUACGUAAAUGUGGCUAUUUGAGAAAGCAGAAACACGGACACAAGAGGUUCUUCGUGCUCCGGGCUGCCAGCCACCUCGGGCCGAGCCGCCUGGAGUACUACGACAGCGAGAAGAAGUUCAGGAACAGCCUGCGCUCCGCUGCCGCCGCCGCGGCCGCUGCUGCCGCCGCCUUGCCGCCGCCACCGCGGCCACCGCCGCCAGCGGUGGAGCCGUCGCCCCUUCUCCCCCUAAAAGGGUUAUUUACCUCUACCAGUGCUUCACCGUGAACAAAAGGGCGGAUUCCAAAAACAAACACCUCAUUGCCCUUUACACUAAGGACGAGUACUUUGCUAUAGUGGCUGAGAACGAGCAGGAGCAAGAGGAUUGGUACGUGGCCGUCAGUGAGUUGAUGAGCGAGGGUAAAAAAGGGCAUUUGGAUUCAGACGAUCUGGACGACGGGUACGGUACGGUCACCCCUGGUACUGUGUUCAAAGAGGUGUGGCAGGUGAACGUGAAGCCAAAAGGACUGGGUCAAACUAAAAACCUCACAGGUGUUUACCGGCUAUGCCUCUCAACUAAAACCAUUCACCUCGUAAAGUUGAACUCUGAGACGCCCUGCGUUAACCUCCAGCUGAUGAACAUCAGGCGCUGCGGACAUUCGGAAAGCUUCUUCUUCAUCGAGGUGGGUCGCUCUUCCUCCAUUGGGCCCGGCGAGAUCUGGAUGCAGGUGGACGACUCGGUCGUGGCUCAAAACAUGCACGAGACCAUCCUGGAGACGAUGAAGGCGCUGAAGGCGUUCGCGGAGUUCAGGCCGAGGAGUAAGAGCCAGUCGUCGGGCUCCAACCCGAUGCCGUUCAUUACGACGCGGCGCCACCUCGGCAACCUGCCGCCGAGCCAGACCGGGCUGCAGCGGCGCUCCAGGACGGAGUCAGUCGUUGGGACGCCGCCGUCAAGUAAGAGCUCUGGGGCGAGCGGUUAUCGCUUCCGGACGUCCAGCGAAGGCGAGGGGACGAUGAACCGGCCGUUCCGCUCCGCCACAGGAAGUCUGGUUCAUCUCAACUCGGCACGCGCACAUCAUGGUCGCCAGGAUGGCGGCGGCGGUAGCAGCAGCGGGAGCAGCGUCGCCACAGGCAACGCUGGCACAAGCACCGGAAGUGGACGCUACGUCAGAGCCAUCCCGGGGUCGUCGUCGACGUCCACCUACCACGCCCGCUCCGCCUCGCUGCCAGUGUCACACUUCCCCUCCACCACCAGCCCAGUGAGCGUCUCAUCCAGCAGUGGUCACGGCUCGGUCUCUGACACUCUCACCCGGCCGUCGAGCGCCUCAAUAUGUGGCUCGCCGUCCGACGGCGGCUUCAACUCUUCAGACGAGUACGGCUCCAGUCCAGGCGACUUCCGGUACUUCCGGGUGAGGAGUAACACGCCGGACUCCCUCGGCAACACGCCGCCAAUCAGAGAAGAGAACUGUCUAAAUGAUUACAUGGCCAUGGGCUGGAACCGAGAGGUGUUUGGCACCAGUGCAGGCUCCGGAAACAACAGUGGAGGCGACACGCCGCGGGACGAGAGCACGUCGACGACAGAGGAUGAGCGCUUGUCUACGUCGUCGACGUCGUCGCUGAGGAGGAGGGCUCACUCUUUCUCCAGACAGGCCGGCGGAGCGACCGGCGGUUCUGGGGUGGCGGUUUACCAGAAAAUGACGCAGACCAACUUCUCAUUAGACGAGGGCUCGGACAUCGUGUUGCCGUUCGGCAGUGGGCUGCUCCGCGGCGGGCCGUCCUCCUCCUCUUCCUCCCUCCGCUCUGACUACAGCUCCUGCUCCGAACACAGCCAGCAGAGCCGCCCCUCCACGCUCUCCCGGACAGAGACCGGUGGCGAGCGUCCUCCCCUGUCCUCCUCUUCUUCAGCCAAGGAAGACAGCGGCUACAUGCCCAUGAUGUGUGGCGUGGCCGCGUCGCCGCGGGACACUCCUCCCGACUACAUGCCUAUGCAACCCAGCUCUUACUCCCAUCCUGUCUCCCACUCUCCUCAGUUUCACAGCCCAGCUUUAGGUCCCCGUUCAGCCCAUCACCACCCCCAGCUCCAGUCCCAAUCCUCCACAGACUCCCACGGCUACAUGAUGAUGCUCCCGGGCAGCGGGAGCUCCCCUUCGCCGGGGCAGGCCUCCCCCAGCCCUCACAGCAGCUCCAGCAUGGUGGGUGCCAGCGGGAGCGACAGCAUAGCAGAGAGGCCGGAGAACGGAGAGUAUAUGGACAUGUCGUACAGCAGCAGCGGGGGGCGCAAGCUCUCAAACGAAGCGAGCGGUGGGUAUUACGCGCCCGGCACACCUGAGGGCACCCCAAAGUCUUACAGCCCUUAUUUCUCCCUCCCUCGCUCCUACAAAGCCCCCACCCGAGAGCGGGAUGAGAAGGAGUACGGGGAGUACGUUCCUAUGAGUUCACCUGCCAAGCCAGUGUAUUCAUCAGUUGCCACGCCUGAGAAGCGAGCUGGGGGAGGUAGUAGCACUCCGUCUCACCCGCCCCCGCCUUACGGAGCUCACCAUACCACCGCGGCGAUGGCAGACCGACGCGUCGUGAGGCCGAACCGCCUCCCUCUAGGUAGGAGAAGCUUCCAUGGCCCGCUGCGGGUUAGUGAGCCCUCCACAGCGUCUGCAGGCACCUCCACCUCUGUCCCUGCCACUGUCAGCUCAUCCGAAGGGCCCUCUAGUCCCGGGGAGUACAUCAACAUCGAGUUUGGGGAUCACUACCCCCACCAACAGCAGCCCCCCGCCUAUCCUCUCGCCACCCAAGACGAAGCGCCUUCUUCCGUGGGAUCCGGAGAUCACCGCCGCUCCCCUCCCCAGCCCCAAACUCACCAGGACUAUAUGAGCGUGGAGGUGGGGGCAGACCAGCAGGACAGCGCUGGAUGUCUGGGGAAGAACCAGUCACCCAGACCCAGCCUCGUCGCCCCCUGGAACCCGCCCAGCUACAUCCGACCCCUGGCUAGUAAUCCCGGGGCGCUGGCCUCCCCCGGGGUCCCCGCUGGAGGUCACUGGAGGUCGAUGGGGGACGACUACACGGACAUGACCUUUAACCUCAGCAGAGGCGAGAGGACGCAAACGAGCCCCACGGCCAUGCUGCAGCAUCUCUGCGUGAUAGAGGGACGUUACGGCCACGCUCCCUCCGCCUCCUCCUCCUCCUCCAUUUCCCCGCCUCUCCCUCCGUCGAGCCCGGGGAGGGCGCCGACGACGCACCAGCCCGAACCCAAGGUGGUACGGGCCGACCCGCAAGGCAGGAGGAGACACAGCUCGGAGACCUUCUCCUCCACAUCCUCCUCUAAUUCGACUCCCUCCGGAGGAGGAGGAGGAGGAGGUGGAGGAGGCCCUUCAUCUUCAGCUGCACACCCCGCCUCAGCAGCCCCCAAUGGAUCGUACCUAACAGAGGGUCAGGCUUCCAGGUGGUCCAGCUCGGCGUCUUUCGACAGCGUCUGGGUCUCCCUGGAGGGUCUAGGGGACUCAUUGCCGGCUCCCCACGCGCCGGUGAGAUCCAUGGAAAUGGGCGCCACCCCCGGGACCUCCUCCUCCACCUCCUCCUCUGGCAGAAUGUGCAGGAACAUGUCGGUGGGCUACCAGAACGGCCUCAACUACAUCGCCUUGGAGCUGAGGGAGGACGGGAGUAACACGGGAGGUGUGACGCCGGGAGCUGGUAGCAGCAACGGGACGGCGGCGGCGGCGGCGGCAGCAGCGGGGACGGUGCCUCUGCCGGAGAACGGAGCCUACGCCAGUAUAGACUUCACCAAAUCAGACGGAGUCACCGCGACGACUAAGGACUGACGGGACGAUCGAGGUUCCCCACCUUCCUCUUCCUCCUCAUCUCUCUGCUCGGGGGCACUUGACUCUCUGCCUGUGACCUUUGGCCUCCCCCCCUCACGCCCUGCCGGUGACCUCUGACCUCUUCACCCCGCCGCUCCCCUCUGGAUGCAGAAAACAACAACAUCACAACAGAUGACAAAAAAAAAACAAAAAAACGCUUGCAGUUUGUUUUUUUUUAAAAGUAUAUUUCAUCUUUUAUUUUUGUGUUUUUUUUAUGCAUAUCUUGUCCUGUUUUUUUUUUGUUUUUUUUUUUUAAUUAGUUCCCCCUCUCACAAUCGAUGCUGCCAGUGUCCGCUGCUUUUCGCCUCCUCACGUUCGACAGACGGUGGUCGGUGAACUUUACGAGGCGUCAACAGAACCUCAGAUAGUCUUAUCAUCAUCACACGGUUCUGUUUCUCCAUACGGUAUUAAAAAAGGGAGGCUGGAUUACUAAGAAAAGGCAUUAUGGUACUUUUAUGUUCAACUUAAAAUAUAAAUUUUUAUCUUUUAUUAUUAUUUUUUUUUACCCCAUGCAUAAUCCAUCCUCAAUACGGUACCAAAUAGUUAUUUUUUUAUGGAUUACCCCGUAAACAGUACGAGCUCGUGGCUGGAUCCAUUUUAGCCUCGGAGAAUUCGACAAGUUAUCGCGCUUGUUCAGAUAGUUUUUUUUCCAAGUCGGGUACGAGAACCAUUUUGGCUUCUGGAGCUACGGUACCGCACCGGUUUCUCACCGUAAAGCAUUAUUCUCCUCAUAUUCUGUAGCACAUAUUAUUUAUUUGUUGCAAUAGGUGCAAAUAUUCCAGCACGUUUCUCUUUGUUUGCUUUCGUGGCACAGAUGGUACUAAAAACGAGGCGGGGCGGGGAAAAGAACGCCGGCCGCCAAUCAGAUGCUGGAAAGUUUUAUUUGUCUUAAAGUCCGUCUCCUCUUGAAGCCACUUUCAAAUCAAACUGAAGUGUUUGAAGGAUUGGUUUAACUUCUCAUCUAACACCAAAAAAAACAAAAAAACAAUCACCUUCUCCAAAAUAUCAGAACUCUUCUUUAAAAAGCUCGUAGAGGUUUUGGAAACUCAGCUGCUAAGGCCGGUCGAUGUUUUUUUGGUUUUUUUUUACCGCCCCGCCGGUUCCGAAGCAGGCGUUAGUUUCUUUCACUUUAAUAAAGUUGUCCUACAUGGUACAAAAGUUGCUGUAGUUUUGACCUCUUUACAUUUCAGUUGUACCUCCAUACGGUCCAUCGCACAGUUCAGGUUUUUAGCGAGGGAGAGUGGUGCCAACACACACAUAUAUUUAUAUAUAUAUAUAUAUGCACACACAACGCUGUGAAAGGUCGUUGACGUCGGCAUGCAAACACAAGACUAAUGCACACGUGAAAUCUCUGCAAAGUGAACCCUGAGCUGUACAGCACACACACACACAUGUACACGCACAUGUACGUCAUGAGGACACAUGGUGUUCAGCGGUCAUGUGGGAGCCUCCUCUCAUAUCGCGCACACAGUGGUCAUGCAGCCCUAUUUAGGCGAGGGUAACUCCCGUGUGCCCCCCGUUUUAGGCUCUUUGUCAGCGAGUCUAGUCCAGGAUAUUUCACACACACACACACACAGAUAUAUAUAUGUAUGCUGGGGUGUUCGUCACUGCCACCGAGUGACGUAAAGAGGGUUCCAGUAACCUGAACUCCAGCCCCAGGUGGGCAUACUUGCCCUGUUACAACCUCACACACACACACAUUUGGACUGGCAGUGAACUCUUUUCUUUAACAGACUGAUGCGUCCAUUUUAACAUUUCUACUCGCGCUGCUCUCCCGUAACUAUCAACUGUACCUCGACUGUCGAAACACACAAAGACUGACAGCCAACGUAGCCCACAGAGAUGCAUUCUUCUUUUUUUUGUUGUUAUCUUUGCCCUGAUUUUUCAUCAGUCCGCUCUUUUGUUGUUGUUUUUUAAUUUUGUUUGGACGAAUGAAGGCCUGUCACUCUCGCUGCGCUUCGUGUGGGACGCGUCAUUGUUCGUCCCGUUAGAGGGAGCGUCUCCGCGUCCCCCACACAGCCGCGGGAUGCCGAGGUAUCUUUAAAUUAAUUGUUGAUGUCUGGUUUACAGAGCAGGUUUUUAAACCGGGGGCUGCUAGGAACGAUCCGACGGCACGGCACCGCACGGUUGCAAAAAGCUCUGCACGUCUGGUACUCAAAUUUUUAAGUCACGUUUUUGCGUCCACGCAAACGCGGAAAAUUGUAGAUGUAGACGUUUGAUUGGAAAGUAGAAAACAACUUUACAAAGUCAUUAAAUUUGUCACCAGUGAUCAAAGAACAAUUUCAGUCGAUGCACCGAGUUAUCAUUUUUGUACAAAUUGUUAUUUUGUGCAUACAAGAUAAAAAGCAGGCUUUCAUCACGUGUGCACAAGAUUUCAAAUGAAAUACUCUUCCAGGUCUUGAGAGAGUUUUUCAACUGCAGAAACUUUAAAUUUUGAACACGUAUGGCGGGAUUAACCACCGUUGAACUCCUGGUAUUGUAAAGUUUAGGCUGUGCUCUACAAUUCGACAUGUUUUCAAAUUACUUGUUGUCAGACAGUCAAAAAUUACCAAAGAUAUUAACUUUACAAUUAUAUGAAACAGUAAAAAGAUAGCAAAUACUUGUUGAGAAGCUGAAAAUUGACUUUUAAAGAAGAAUCAAUCUUUGCUCGAGGUACCAGAUAGGUUGAGUUUUACUGCAUCGAAGCAGUUCAGAGUGUCGUUUACUUCACCAGAAUCAAGUACCGAGUCCGUAACCAAUGUGUUUUUUUUUUAUCACUAAAAGUUUACAUAUCCUAGUCCAAGACAAAAAUCACACCUAUGAGGUGCAAAUGUCCAAAUAUCCUCCACCUUUUCCCUCCAUCCCAUCUCACUUUUUCUUUUUUAAAUUUAUUUUUCAAAUUCCAGUAACGGAGCCAAAAAGGGGCCACGGGUGCUCAUCACAUCACGUAAACGAAAGAUAUUUUGUCCUGUCUCAAAGCGUGGAGGUUAAUGCUAGACAUCGGUACAAAAAACGGAGCGUCGUCUUUCAUCGGCCUCCGGAGGGUCCGCGUUUUUUUUUUGUUUUUUUUAAAUGAUUUAAAAGUGAAAAUCCGUAAAAUGCUGUUUAAAGAUUUUUAAGCCUGUGAUGUGUCUUAUACAAAAAUUAAAUUAAAUAUAUGUAUGUACAUUCUGAACAAUUUGAGAUAUUUUCAUUUGUCCCCUUUUGGAAUGAACAAAGAAUUGAAUAUAAGAAUAUUUAGGCAGCGGUGGCCCGCGACAAACAUUUUUUUUGUUUGGUUUUUUUAUGUUUGGAAAAUGUUUUGUGUACUUGACUAUGCUACAGCGACGCAUUUUUUGUUGUUGUUUUUUGUUGUUGUUUUAAACGCUAUGGCAAAAAUGGUAGAGUUAGAUUUGGGGGGAUUUUUCCGACCUUAAUUUAUUUGAAUCAUUACUCAAAAAUGGAUAUAUGUCGUUCAUGUCUGAUUGCCUUCAUGUUUGAAUUUUUACCCCCCCAUUUGUGUUUAAUUCUUUGUCAUGACUGAAUUAAUUUACACAGAUUCUGUGUUUAUUUUGGCAACAAUUCAACCUCAAAAAAAAAAAAAAAACUGUCCUCGAUGUUACCGAUUCUGAUGUUGGAGAAUCUUUUCUUGUUAUGGGCGGAGAAAUGAGAAAGAAAUAUGACCUACGUGAUAUAAUCCUCGCAGAGAAGACUUAGGGUACUGCAUCAUUAUGCAAAACUUUUGUUUCCUUUUUCCUCUAAUCUCUUUGGUUUAUUUUGUAUUCUAGUUUACAGAGGGAAAAUAAUCAUCUUAUUUUUGGUUGUUUUGUUGUAUCGGGGCAACCUUGUUUAUCUGAAAACAAAAGCGAUACAAGGGUAGUAUUUUUUUUUAAGAGUACAUAGGCAUUUUGCAGUUAUUUGUAUAAAGAAAUGGGUUACAACCUCUGCCUAAUGUUUAUUUUUUUGUAACUAUAUUACAGUUUAUUUGCUGCUGUGUAGUACAGUUAACAGUUGGAAAUGCUGUCGAUGGCAACCAUAGCGAUGAAGAUGACGUUCAUCGCCCUGCUAACAGGAGCGGGUCCGGUUUUUUUUUGUUUUUGUUUUUUUUUCUCCUCAAUCUUUCCGGAAAAAAUUUGGAGGGUUCCGGCGGAGAGAGGGCGGUGCGCGGGGGGAAAGAAGCGAUCCCUACUCCACCCUUUGCUACCUGUGUUCUUAGUUUCCGAGUUGAAUGCUGUUGUUUAUUAGCUUUACAGGAAAGAGAAAGAGUUAAAAAAAAAAAAAUACUGUGGAGGUGUGUAUCCUUCGUAUGUGCAUUAUUUUUCAGCGACGUACGUCCUAUAUACGAAAAAGAAGAAAAAAAAGAGUUUAAAAAAAGAGAAAACUGGCGGAAAUGGAAAAAUCCUCCUCCUGUAAAUACGGAAAAACUCAAGUUGUCGCUUUUUUCAUGUUAUGAUCGGUGCCUCGGCAGGUGCCCCCCCCUUUUUUUGUUUUUGUUUUAUUUCCUUCUCUCUUUCUUUCUCUCUCUUUUUUUUCCUCGUGGAGGGAAAGGGGGAUAGGAGGGGUACUCAGAGGCGAUUUGAGCAUCGGCAUAGUGUUUAUAUUUAUCAAAACUUUUUUGCUUUCGAUAGAGCUAUUGCAAUAAAAAUGUGUUCAUGUAA